CAUGGCGAAGGGGGAGGAGGAGAGGUUGAGGACGCUCCCGUGCGAGAGGUUGAUGGUGGCGGUGGCGGAGAAGGACGUGUUGAGGGAGAGAGGGAGGGAGUAUUGCGAGGGCCUGAAGCGGAGCGGGUUUGAGAGGAGAGUGGAGCUGUUGGAGUCGGAGGGGGAGGAGCAUGUUUUCCACCUCCGAAACCCGAAAUGCGACAAGGCCAACGAGAUGAUGGAUCGCGUGGUCGCCUUCUUAAAUUCUCAUCACUAAUUUCGCAAACAGGUGAAAUUGCUUAUUUCAUUAUGUAUUCUCCAGAGUUUGAAUCUAAUCUCGUAUUCAUCGAAUGUGCAUCAAAAUGUGGUUAAGAUAUGAUUUUCCGAAAGAAGCAUAAUGUUAUUGGGUUGUUCCUUUAAUCAGUAUUGUUAUAAACUUGUUUAUUGUUGUCCUCUUUAAUUACACAAGGGGCCCUUGUUUGUAUUGUA